AGAGGCCAUCAUCCAGGGGACCUGACUCAGCAGACGCCCUUUCCCCAGCCUCUGAUUCCAAGAAGAAGAGUUCCAGUUUUGACUUGAUCGUAUAAAAAAAUCAAAAACGCCCCGACUUUCCUGACCUUUUCCCCAGCAAGGCAGAGGAAGGAGAGGCAGAGCCACCUUAAGGAGGAGGGCCGAGGGUGGGUCGGCCAGUUAUUUAUCUAAAGCCACACCCAGCCCGAAGCACAGAUGGAGCGGUCUGGGAGCCUGUUCGAUACUCCUGCCGAGAGACUGGAUGCUUUCGUCGCUCAAGAACUCCUUCCCAACAAGGAGUUGAAAGACGAGAUCGAUGACGCCUACAGGAGGGCUCAGGGAUUCCUUCGGGAUCGAUGUUUCCGGAGUCCGGAGCCCAGGGUGCUGAAGAUGGUCAAGGCAGGGUCAGUGAUGACUGGGACGAUGCUGAAGUACGAAACCGAAGUCCAGAUCGUCGUGUUCCUCGACUGCUUCCAGAGCUACAGGUCGGAGGCCGACUACCCCCAGGCCAUGAUCAGGCUCAUGAAAGACAGACUGCAACGCUGCUGGAAGAGCCUGGCCUACAGCAUCGAUGAUAUAUGGCUGGACUCCGACAUCCCCGGCUCCCUCGUCUUCAGGAUUCAGUCCAGGAUGACGUCAGAGCCCAUCAGUGUGGCCAUUCUGCCUGCUUACAAUGCCCUGGGAUCCUGCCGUCUCACUGAACCGCCACCCCCUGAGAUCUACGUGGACCUGAUUAAGGCCAAAGGUCUUCCCGGGGAAUUCUCACCAUCCUUCAUCCAACUCCAGAAGAGCUUCAUAAAAAGUCAUCCCGUCAAGCUGAAAAGCCUCCUGCGGCUGGUGAAGCAUUGGUACCUGAAGCAUCUGAAAUUCCACUGUCCCAAAGCCCCUCUACCGCCAAUAUAUGCCCUGGAACUACUCACCAUCUAUGCCUGGGAGAUGGGAACCAAUUCAGCAGAAAAUUUCAACCUGUCUAGAGGCUUUGUGAGUGUCAUGGAGCUCCUCCUGGACUACAAAGGCAUCUGCAUCUAUUGGACCACAUACUACAGCUUCCAGGACCAGAUCAUUGGGAACUUUGUGAAGCAGCAGCUAAAGAAGGAAAGACCUGUCAUCUUGGACCCAGUGGAUCCCACUCACAAUGUAGGAGAGGGAAAGCGAUGGGAUCUGGUGGCCCAGAGAGCAUCCCAGUGCCUGAAACAGAUAUGCUGUUUAGACAAGGAUGACUACCGGAUCCCAGCCUGGGAUGUGAAGAGAGCAAGAUCUAUCCAGGUUACAGUGAGAAGACAGAACCAAGAGACCCUGACCAUCUGGGUAGAUCCCUAUGAUCCAAUCCACCAAGUGAAGCAGCAGCCAGAGCUAGCCUGCCUCCUGAUGGAGGAGCACUCCUUCCUGUCCUUCCAGGAGCCUGGCUGUGGGGAGCAGCAACAGCUUAGGAGCCACUACUGCCUAGCAGAUUAUGGCAUCUUCUCUGAUGUCACCAUUUGGCUAUCAGGAAGAGUCACCUCGGAGAUCCAGCUGUUCAUCAGAUUCUCCAGAAGCAGAACCUAUGGCUACUCCCUGAGGUCCAACGACUUCAUCGGGAAACUGAUGAGGAUGAUUGAAGAAAAUGAAGGGCUGUCCCCAGAGGACCAUAUUCUGAUGUUCCAGGGACAGCCCCUCCAGAUGGGUUUCUCCCUCGAGUACUAUGGCAUCCAGGAGGGUGACACCUUGGUUAUCUCAGAAAGAAGGGUAUCCCAGGCAUCCUUCCUCAGAAAAGAACAGCAGGUGCGCUAUUUUUUUUAAACUUUCCCAGUAGAUUCCCAGCCAUUUUAACAAUCAUCUGUCCUCAAGGUUUUGUUGUUUAGUUUCAUUCUCUUCUGGUAGGGGAGCCAUCUCUUAAUCUGGUCGUGCAAGUAAGAGUAGCCAGCUGAGAUUAGCUUAGGGAGCGGCAGGGAGAAGUUGUUUUAAUUUUCCAUCUCCUCCAAUGGGAUUCCAUCCCAUCUUGUGUUGGUUUUGGUCAGAACCAUAACUAAUGAUUUGGGGGGGAGUCAUAUAAACUACCUUUAAAUCAACUUUCUAAAUAAGCAUGUGAAAAUAAUGUAAGUCGAGGCAGCUAGGUGGCUCAGUGGAUAGAGAGCCUGGAGAUAUAAGGUCCUAGGUUCCAAUCUGGCCUCAGAUCCUUUCUAGAUGUGUGAUCCUGGGGAAGUCACUUAACCACCAGUGCCUGGCCCUUAACACUCUUCAGUCUUGGUGUCCAUUCUAAGACAGAAAGUAACAGUUUUUAAAAGAAAAAUGUAAAUCAUCACAACAAAUUCACUCCUGAAGAAUUGUUACAUUUGGGAAAGCUUUCCAUUUCAGUGCCCUGGGAUAAAGCAACCUAGGUAUGGCUCUGGUCCCAGCUGCCUGUUCCGAGCAAAAUUGAGGUCAAUAAAGUAUGUCCUCAGAACCUUGGCCUUCCUUCUCUCUGCCUGUAGCCCUCUCGGCACCCACCUGCUUUUAUAAGGAGAGUAUUGUGGAUCUGAUCAAUUCAUUCACAUUGGAGAUGUAAGGGACUUGGUACUACUGAACCAUUGCCCGUUAUCUUGACUUUGGUCUUGCCAUUGCCUUCAGUGAUUCUGGAAGAAAGAGUGAGGACAGUGACUUUAUACAACUCUGUCUCAGUAAAACCCAAUUCAUGCACAAGUCAAGACAUAGCCCAUAAUGAUGUCAUUUUUGGUCUUCAUCAAGUACAAAGGACAACCAACCAACCGACCGACCAUUAAGCACCUAAUAGUACCAGGCACUGUGCUAAGUACUGUGAAUAAUAAACAUAAAUAAUGAAAAAUAAAACAAUCCCUACUUCCAAAUAGUUCAUAUAGGGUCACGUUGGGGGAGGUGAGGAAAGAUGUUUAGAAACCCAAGAUAGAAUUAGAGAAAGAUAAACUUUUAUAAGGUUAAGUUUAAGAAUAGUGGAUACUGUCUCCAGAGCUACUGGCAUGAGCUCAUUCCAAGAACCCUGGAAGGGAUCUUGGAAUGUACAAGGAGCUGAAGGAAGCUGUUUGAGUGGGCAACUGGCACUUCCUGUCCUGAGAUGGGAGAAGAAACCUGCUGCAAUCUUCUGAGGUUUCCUACCUCAACCUUUUGAGGGAGAAGAUAAUUGUUAACUGCCUUUGGAGAUUCCUGUUUCCCUGGAGAGAACAUCUUAUCAACAAUCUAGCUCUACCUGCUGUUUACCAACAUUGCCCAAGAGAAGUCUUACCUGGAGAUCCUGCUUGGUGGGCUCUGUGGUUUACUCAGGGUCAUACUCCGAGUAUGAAAAAAAAAUUGGUGGGGAAAUUAGCUAGAAUCAGGGAGGAAAUAGUAUAGCUGGAAGACCAGAAGAAUCCAUUGUGAGAUGGACAUAUAUGGAAGGGUGGAGUUUUAGGACUUAGUCAGGGCAUCCUUAUGUUUCAAUUCUCAUAGUUUACCCUUGAUUUCUAAAUAAAGUUACUUUUUUACAAA